AUGCCUACUAACGCUAACGCGAUUGUGCCUGUUCGAGUCCUGGAGGGCGCGGACGAGGUCGUGGACGCGGUCAAAAGGCCCGGACAAGAUCCUGCGAUGUCGACGAAGACCGAACAACAACUGGCGCUGGCCGAACCAGCGCGCCCGACAUCGACCCAUUCGACGCCAAGACGAGCUUCUCAACUGAUGGUUCCCCGUUCUGUGCAGUCCAGCCCUGGACGGCCCCUAGACCGUGGUUCCGACGCUCAAGCAGCACGUCUGCCGACGGAGUUGGCGCUGAACCCUGCGGCUGCAAGCGCUCUUGGAAAACGUGAUCAUGUGGUGCUGCGAGAGUGGCGCGAGACGAGGGUCCCGGAUUCCGGUGCACCACUACGUCUUGGGCCUGCUCCUGGCACUCGUGUCUUCGGACCUGAACUGCCAACCACGCUGCACUCGACGUUCCAAGAUCCGCUUCCGCUGAUUCCACGGGGCACGAGUGAAAUCCCAGGAUCCGACGUAAACUGUCUUGCUGACGACGAAGCCCGAGCGUAUGGAGCCGAACAACUGAUCCGCUGGAGCUCUCUUCCAGGGGAAGUCAUCUCUCCAGUCGACGUCGUCUACGACGAGGGAGAAGAAGAGUACGACAUGGAGGCUUGGGUCUUCGCUGCAUUCGAGACUGGGAAAUACUUGGGUCGUGUGAACGCUGGACGGACUUCCGAGUCCUGGAUUAAAGCGCUGUCCGCCAAACGCAGACGGCAACCACUGGUCUCGGACAUGAAGGCUGUCAACGUAUCGCCCAAGUUGCUUCCGGCUGCUGCAUGCGUCGCUGUGCUCCAGACCAUGUUAAUGGAGGCCGGCUUCGAGUUCCGCAAUGUGAUUCCUACGUGGAGGGAAGUCCGCGCGGUGUCCGAGGUGUCUGAGAAUCUGAUCCGCCGAGGUGUUGAAGAAGUUCAACUCAGACUCGCAGUUGAAAGUCUUGAGUCGAACAAACUGAUGGAUGGCGUAGGGUUUCACAUCCGACAGCCGCUGGAGCCUCUCCCAGCUGUGCAACUAUCCGAGCGAAGUACAAGUUCCCCGACUGAUGCCGAUGGAGAUGUCCUAAUGACGGACGACGCCGAUCCCGCGGACCAGAAGAAGAAGUCCUGCGACAUUGUCGUCCCAGAGUCUGGUGCCCUAACCAUCGUUCCUAGUCUGGUGGGACCAAGUGGUGCUUCCGAUGAGCCGAUGAACGCGGCCGCUGAAGGAACAGACCUGUCGGGGCACAGCUCCUCAGGAUCGUCGUUCUUGUCCGCGGCGGACUACAUGGCUGGCAGUGCAUGCCUGGACCAAGCCCGAUGGCGAUGGAAAUGA